GUCAUAUGAUUUUUCCCAUGACGAGCCGCAUGACAAUGCUGAUGACAAAACGAGCCGUAUUAACAAUGCAAAAUCAUAUGACAAAUCACACAGUGUAAACAUGUAAAUUUCACUCCAUGACCAAAUCAUAUGACAAAUCACAUGAUAAAUCAUGUAAUGUAAAGUCGACGUUGUGAUCUUUCUGUCAAUUUAAAUUAAAUAAGUAGGUAAAUUGGAUUUUACAUUUGCCAAAGAAACAUUUUAAAUUAUUCUAUCUUUUGUUGCUACGUGUCUUAAUAUGUAGAGACCAUUUUAUUUGACAUGUGGUUAAUUUUGAGGUUAUGUUUAUCAGUCCUUUCCAAAAAGAAAACAGACCAUCAUGUCACAUAUUUUUGGGGCUGAAGACUCCAGUUCUGAUGAAAACGACAAAUUUAAAUUAGACAAUGAAUAUGCAAAAAAGUACGAUGUCUGGAGAAAGAAAGAAGAAUUAAACAGACUUAAAACAAAAUAUGGUGAAGAUGUUUUGGACGAAGAAGAAGAAUCUUCUAGUUCAUCUGAUGAUGAAGAAGGCAUUGAAAUAACAAAGAAUGUUGAAAGGGAUUUCUUCAAGACACUGGCUUGUCUGAAAAAUAAGGAUCCCAGUAUAUAUAAAAAGGAUGUAACGUUUUUUAGUAAGAAAGAGACUGAUGUUAAAGUCAAGAAAAAGGAAAAAGAUAAACCUAUGUUUUUAAAGGACUAUGAAAGAAAUCUAAUUCUAGAAAAGGGGGGAGUACUAAGUGACGAAGAAGAUGAAAAUGAUAGACCCAGAACCCCUACUUACAAUGAAGAGCAAAACCACAUUAAAGAGAGUUUUAAAAAUGUAAUGGAAGACAGUGACAACGAAAAUGAGGAACAUUGGGGAGGUUUGUUUAAACAAAGGGAAAAAUCUAAAGCGGAGGUAACACAAGAGGAGGAAGAUUAUAAGCAAUGGCUAGUUGGACAGAAAAAGAGUUUGGAUGAUGAAAAAAUGGAGAAAGACUUGAAACCACUUAAAGAGUACUGGAAUAAACCUGACCUAGAAGAUGGAGAGAAGUUUUUAAGGGAUUACAUAUUAAAUAAAAAGUAUUUACAGACAGAUGAUGAUAACUACGUACCCACCUAUGAUGAAAUCAUUCAUGAUUCAGAUAAGGAUUUGUCUAAUGAUGAAGAAAAUAUUGAAAAACAAGAUGAAUUUGAACAUAAGUAUAAUUUUAGAUAUGAAGAACCUGAUCAAGAAUUUAUAAAGAGAUAUCCAAGAACAAUGGAAAAUUCACUGAGAAAAACUGAUGAUAGAAGAAAAUUAAAGAGACAAGAGGUAAAGGAAAGAAAGAAAAUAGAAAAGGAAGAAAAGAUGCAAGAAGUGAAGAAGAUGCAAGAAUUAAAGUUGAAAGAAAUUGAAGAAAAAUUAGAAAAGCUUAAAGAAAUUACUGGAAAUGAAAGUUUAGGUUUUGCAGAUGCCGAUAUAGAUGGCGAUUUCGACCCUGAAGAACAUGACAGGAAGAUGCAAGUUCUUUUUAAUGAUGAAUUUUAUAAUGCUCCUGAAGAUGAACAAAAACCAGAAUUUCCCGAUCUCGAUGAAGAAUUAGAAAUUGAAAACUGGGAACGCUAUAAUGGAGACAAUGAAAACGCCAAUGAUUAUGGACCCCACUGUGAAGAUGAAGACUUUAAUAUGGAUUGUGAUUUUGAUCCGCAAACAUCCAAAUCAAAUAACGAUGAUGAACAAGUGCAAGGCAGAAAAAAGCGUAAAAGGAAAUCCAAAUUUGCUGUUGCAGUUAGCAAACCAAAACCGAAGUAUGAUCCAAAUGACAAGAAAUUUGAGAAAUACUUUGAAGAAUAUUACAAGCUCGACUGUGAAGAUAUUAUUGGUGAUACUCCAUGUAGAUUCAAAUAUAGACAAGUUGCACCAAACGAUUUUGGAUUAACAACAGAGGAAAUAUUGCUAGCAAAUGAAAGAGAAUUAAAUAAAUGGUGUUCAUUGAAAAAAGCAGUUCAGAUCCGUUCGGACGAAGUGGAAAGGUACGAACAAAUAGCAUAUCAAAAGAAAGGUCAAAAUUUAAACCUCAAGAAAAAGAUCCUUCCGAGCUUAUUCGUAAAUACCCCAGAAGACAAUGCAACAAAUUCUAUACAAAAGAUAAAUGAUAAUGAUAAUAACGCAAUAAAUCAGUCAGAAGAACAAAAUGAAACAAUGAGUAAAUCUAAUAAAGACACUGCCGAGAAGAAAACGAAAAAACGGAAAUUAAGUGCAACGGAACCAGCAGGUGAAGAAAAUAAAACAUCUGAAAAUAGAACUGAAUCCAAUCAGAAUACUGCUGAAAAGAAGAAAACGAAAAAACAGAAAUUGAGUGCAACGGAACCAAGUGAAAAAAAUAAAACAUCUGAAAAUAGAACUGAAGGCGACAAAAACGACGCACCUACUGAAAGUAAAGAAGUCCAAAAAGUGUCCGAAAAUAAGUCGAAUAAAAAGAAGAAGAAGAGGAAAAAGAAGAAAUCCAUUUUAGAAAAUCAAACAGACACAUCAUCAGAUAAGGCAUUAAACAGUAACACGUCAAACGAAAAAGGAGCAAAUAAAGUAAGUGGUAAUAAAGCAUUCAACAAAAACAAAAGGAAACAUGGCGAAGGCCAAGAAUUUGGAAAAAGGAAAAAGCCUAAGUUUUCAAAGGAGCAAAACAAAAGUCUUUCUAUAUCAGAUGCCAGAUUGUCAGCUUAUGGAAUUAAUCCCAAGAAAUUUAAAAAUAAAAUUAAGUAUAAACAGUAAAAAAUAUAAUAUAUGUAUAUACACUUAUAGAAUAAGUAAGAAAUUGAUACAUAAAAAUAUAUACUAUAAUUUUGUUCA